UUGUCAUCGAGCGGAGGUACUCGAAGGGGGGGGCGGCUUUGGGGCGGGGGCGGAGGCUGCGGCAUCCGACGGACAUCAAGCGUCGACGGAGACGCUCGCUUGUGAUGUAGACGCGCAAUUUUCCCCCCGUCCCGUCCCGUCCUGUCCCGUCCCAUCCUGUCCUUCUUACCCCCCACCCCCGCGGCGCCCCACCAUGCCGGCGGGGAUGAAGCCGCUCGAGAAGUUCCUCAAGAAGCAGACGAGCGCGCUCGGCCGUGCCGGAGGAGGACCAGGAGGAGCGGGAGGACCAGGCGCUGGAGGCGGAGGAGGAGCGGACAAGGCCGGCGGAGGGAACGCCGCGUCCCGGCGGAGGGCCAGCCUGUCCCGCGUCGUCCCCUUCUUCAGGGAGCCCUCUCCGGAGGGGGGGCAGGCCCGCGAGGUCUUCAGCCCCGACAGUGAGGAAGCACCCCCCUGGCCGCCGGCGGCCACGUCGCUCAACGGCUCUGCUUGCGGCGACGUGCGCAGCCCGUCCUUGUCCAGCGAUGAGCAGAGUUCUGAAGCCAGCCUGGCGGCAGAGAGCGUGGGUGGCAGUUGCGGGGGUACAGGGGCUUCCGGGGGGGCCGCCAUUCACGCCGACACACCGGAAAACAUCAUGCUCGCCGUGCUGGACAGUGUUGCGGGGAAACGCUACAUCAACUGCACAGAGACGUUGCUGGAUGACUUCAUGUUGACUCAUCCCAUCUUCCUGACGGCAGACACCUUCCAGCAAGUUCUACUACAGCAGUUCUGUCUGCCUUACGGGGAAGUAGGCGAUGGGGAGGAGCCAGGAGAAGGAGGGCGGGGCCAGCCGGACGGGGAGGCCGAGUCAGACGACACCCACCGGAAGCGCGCCGUGCUCAGCGUGGCCUUUCGCUACCUGGAAAUGUACCGAGAGCUCCUGCAAGAGGAGGGGGACAAGUUCCCCAAGGAGUUGUACGCAUGCGCGCUGCGGGAGUUGAGUCGACAUCCCGAUUUGGUGGACGACGUGGUUAAAUUGGAACGCUGGACGCAAAUCUUACGCUGCCCUUGCAACGAGGAGAAGGAAAGCCGCCGGAAGCAGGUGCGACCGCUCUUUCGACAUUUCCGAAGAAUCGACGCCUGCCUGCAGCCCAGGGAAGCCUUCAGGGGCUCUGACGAAAUUUUCUGCAGGGUGUACACGCCAGACCACUCGUAUGUGACCAUCCGCAGCCGGCUGUCGUGCCGCGUGGGCGACAUCUUAGCGCUGGUGCGAGAAAAGCUCCAGUACAGCGACGAGCAGCCGAUGCUUCCCGCCAAACUCGUCCUGGUCGCCGUCACAUCGGCUGGAGAGAAAGCGGUGUUCCGGCCCAGCGACGAGGCCGUUUUCACCACGCUAGGGGUCAACACGCACCUCUUCACCUGCCAACCCUCCGAACUUGACUCCCUGCUGCCCCUUCCUGAAGAAAUCCACUGGACGCCGGGAGAUAGCAAACUUCACGACAUGUCAGCGGAGGAGGUGGCCAAUCAGCUGGUGGCCUUCGACUGGGAGCUCUUCAGCUGCGUGCACGAGGUGGAGUUUGUUUGUUACGUGUUCCAUGGUGAGCGGUCGCGCUGGCGCCCUCUAAACCUGGAGCUGGUACUGCAGCGCUGCAGCGAGGUUCAGCAUUGGGUCGCCACGGAGACGCUACAGUGCCAAUCGCUGCCCAAACGCGUUCAGCUGCUGCGAAAGUUCAUCAAGAUUGCAGCGCUUUGUAAACAACAACAGGACCUCCUGUCGUUUUUGGCCGUGCUCCUCGGUUUGGACAACCCUGCACUCAGCCGACUCAGACUGACCUGGGAGGGCCUUCCCGGAAAGUUCCGGAAACAGUUUCAACAGUUUGAAAACAUUACGGAUCCUUCCAGAAACCACAAGUCAUACCGUGACCUGAUCAGCGCUCUGACGCCGCCACUCAUCCCCUUCACACCUCUCCUGCUCAAAGAUUUGACUUUUCUUCACGAGAGUUGUAAAACUUUUCACGGUCAACUCGUCAACUUCGAAAAGAUGCACAAAGUGGCCGAGAUGGUGCGAUGCAUCCGCAGAUACCGCAGCGGACAACUUGUCACGGAUACGGAGACGUCGCCAUCCCAUUUGCAGACUAAAGCGUAUGUCAGGCAGCUGCACGUCAUCGACAACCAGAACCUGCUCUUUGACUUGUCCUGCAAACUGGAACCCAGAGACUCUUAGCCAUCCCCUGAAAAAGGGGACGGACGCGUGGAGGACUGCCUCCUCGUACUUCACAUCACGGCCACCCCAAUGGUAUUCUUUCUCUUUGGCUGAUAGGGACUGGCUUGGCAGCCAUUUUGUCUCUUUCCUGUCAGCACUCCUCCCUUCUCUUCCUUCCAUUCUGUCCUUUAUUCACCUUCUUUUUUCCACUUUCUUUUACUUCCUUUCAUCCUUAUUUUCCAUUAUGUCCUUUUUCUCACUUCCUUCACUUUGUUUCUUCAUGUUCUUUUCCAGUAUUUCUUUCCUUCACUUAUGUUGUCUCACUCACUCACAAAGCGGUAGUUCAGAAUUUUUAACAUUAGGCUUAAUCUUCGAGUUAGCGCGGGUUUAAUUAGUUGGUGAAGUUGAUUUCAACAAAUUCCGUGCAGUUUGCAAGUUAUUUGUUAGUUUUAGGGCUCCGCAGUGGCUAAGCUAGCGCGAGUCAUUGGCGCCUUCCUAGCAUGUCAGCAGAUAAAAAACGAUACAGAUCUACGAACAGAUCCAACAUAGUCAAAUCAAUUCAAAAGACAGAUCAUUGUUCCAAAACACCCGUGCGGCCAAAACAAUGUCACACCAAAAUGCCAUAAUUCAUUUCAUUCUGCAGGGCUAUUUUUUAGAUGUGUAAUACGACCACAAUAGAUCGGAGUGCUUUGGCCUCUCGUGCUCACGCUGCAUUCAAGAAAGGUGGGAAGUCGGACAUAUCCCACUUGGAGGGUACCAGUUGCGCCCUUAAAGCGUUCCGAGCAAAUAUACAGUGAUCCCUCGUUUUUUGCGGUUAAUGGGGACCAGAACUCACCGCAAUAAGUAGCACUUUUUUUGUGUGUGUGUGUGUUCAAUGUAAUUAUUCAGAUUUGGCAUUGGAAAGAGAAACAUAUUAGACAUGUUUCGUUCACUUUUCCUCAAAGUAUAAUUAAAAAAACUUUUAUGCAUAUAUAGAUAUAUUCUAGUAUUUUAAUAAAUGUUUUUCAAGCACUUCAAAUGUAAUAAUUAUGAUAAGUUUUAAAAAUGUUACUGUCCUACCGAAUUAUUUUUGAACAAGAAAAAAUUUAGACGCCCAAUCCAACUAAAAAAAAAAAAAGUUAAAAAUGCUUGUCUUUAUUAAAUGCGUUAUUGAGUGAGUCCACUCAGAUCCACUCGAGCUGAUCACUUACACACAAUGAGUUGCCACAGCAACUGUUUACCAAGUUAAAUGAUGUUGACGCAUCUCGGCUUACCAGCGGCUCUGGCAAGAUCAAAGCUUAACUGUCUGUCAAUCAUCGUUAACUUUAAUAAACUACUCCAGUGCCUGACCAUCAAAGAGCAGGGAGAGGGAAGAAGGAAGGGAGAGUGAGAUAGUGGAGGUGUUCCAAUUAUAUUUUUCCUGAUCGGAGGUUGGAAACUCUGACUGUCAAGUUCGAAUACGAAUCCUUAGGUAGACAUUUAUAAUAUUACCCAAAAUAAGGAGAGAAGGAACUGAAUUUGGUUGAAAAGCUAGCAAGGAGAAAGAGGGCACACUAUCCAACUUCCGCAAUCGUUCUAGCUAGCCCCUCUUCACCACGCUUUUUAUUUGGGAUGGCCCGAGCAACAGAUGGGUGUCUUGCCUUAACAACUUAAUAACUAUCUCAUCAAAUAUAUUUCAUGAAGCAGUAGCAUUUGGUAAGUAAUAAAAUGCAACAAUAUGAUUACUUAAAUGUAUUGAAGUUGACCUGUGGAACCUAGGCCGGUUUAAACCGGUCAGAAUCAUAAGGCAGUAUUAUCAAGAGCUAAACAUGUCUAUAGUUAUCAAUUCCAAAAAUGUCUCUUACUGCAAUCGAAAGCAGCAGUCUGCUGAGUUAACUGAUGGCCGGCAACAUGGCGAAAUGUGCAUUUACAGGCUGUGGAAACAGACAGAAUCCACAAAUUCCCUAUGAAGAAUGAGGAACAAUAUAAACUGGUUACUACGACAUAAAAAAUCUGCAGUGAAAAUAAACAAUGUGAUAUUACUCUGCCCUGCUCCUCUGCAGAGCUUGUGGAUAACAAAUGUUGCUGGUCAUACUGCAAUUAUUGGCAUGCAAUGGUUUUAAUAACUUUAUCCUGAAAACAUAGCCAACACUUUUGAUUGCACGAGGCAUCGAUGAUUAACCAUGUGUGCAUAUGUUGUUUUUUUAUUGGCAUUCUAAGAUGGCCCAAAUGACUCACGCUAGGUUAGCCACUCCGGAGCCCUGAAACUAACAAAUAACUAGCAAACUACGCGUAAUUUGUUGAUAUCAACUCCACCAACUAUUAAACCCUUGCUAACUCAAAGAUUAAGCCUGAUGUCAAAAAUCCUGAACUUCCCCUUUAACCUCCUUUCCUCUAUUGUAUCUUUUUUCCUCCUCUUGCUUUUUCCACUUGCUUUCCUAAAAUCGUUCCUUUCUGUCCGUUUCUUCACCUCCUUUUCUUACCUUCUUUCCUCCCUUCCACUGGGCGACGUGAGCGGAAGCCAUUUUUUGCCACUUUUCCGUGCUGGAGCACUUUGACGACCCUCAGGGCUGCGAGGUUUUGUUUACUUCUUCUUUUCUCUUGUUGUGCAAUGACUCGUCAUUAUGAUUAUUAUUAUUAUUAAUAUUGCUCUUAUUAUUAUGAUGAUUCUUAUUGAUGUUGUUGUCGUCGAUGUUUUUUAGCUGUUGUGCUCCAGAAUAUUUUUGACAAAGGAAACCCAUUUGAUGACAUCAUAUACAGUGGGGCAAAUAAGUAUUUAGUCAACCACUAAUUGUGCAAGUUCUCCCACUUGAAAAUAUUAGAGAGGCCUGUAAUUGUCAACGUGACAACCUCAAUCAUGAGAGACAGAAUGUGGGAAAAAAAAACAGAAAAUCACAAUGUUUGAUUUUUAAAGCAUUUACUUGCAAAUCAUGGUGAAAAAUAAGUAUUUGGUCAAUACCAAAAGUUCAUCUCAGUACCUUGUUAUGUACCCUUUGUUGGCAAUAACGGAGGCCAAACGUUUUCUGUAACUCUUCACAAGCUUUUCACACACUGUUGCUGGUAUUUUGGCCCAUUCCUCCAUGUAGAUCUCCUCUAGAGCAGUGAUGUUUUGGGGCUGUCGUUGGGCAACACGGACUUUCAACUCCCUCCUCACCCCGUGGCGUCAAAAUGAUAACAAGAACGGGGAGCAAAAAUCCCAGAACCACACAGGGGGACCUAGUGAAUGACCUACAGAGAGCUGGGACCACAGUAACAAAGGCUACUAUCAGUAACACAAUGCGCCACCAGGGACUCAAAUCCUGCACUGCCAGACGUGUCCCCCUGCUGAAGAAAGUACACGUCCAGGCUCGUCUGUGGUUCGCUACAGAGCAUUUGGAUGAUCCAGAAGAGGACUGGGAGAAAGUGUUAUGGUCAGAUGAAACCAAAAUAGAACGUUUUGGUAGAGACACAGGUUCUCUUGUUUGGAGGAAAAAGAAUAGUUAAUUGCACCAUACCCAUUGUGAAGCAUGGGGGUGGAAACAUCAUGCUUUGCGGCUGUUUUUCUGCAAAUGGACCAGGACAACUGAUCUUUGUAAAGGAAAGAAUGAAUGGGGCCAUGUAUCGAGAGAUUUCGAGUGAAAAUCUCCUUACAUCAGCAAGGGUAUUGAAGAUGAGACGUGGCUGGGUCUUUCAGCAUGACAAUGAUCCCAAACACACAGCCAGGGCAACAAAGGAGUGGCUUUUUUUAAGAAGCAUUUCAAGUUCCUGGAGUGGCCUAGUCAGUCUCCAGGUCUCAACCCCAUAGAAAAUCUGCGGAGGGAGUUGAAAGUCCGUGUUGCCCAACGAC